AUGGCUCUUCCAAAGCCCAGGAGGUCUCGAAAUCGCGCUCCGAGCAAAGCAGAGUGGGAUCGCAUCAAGAAACAAUGGCACCAAUUGUAUAUCCGCGAGAAGCUUCCCCUAUUCGAGGUAUCUGAGCGACUGGCACGAGAACACAACUUUGAAGCAGGGUUGUCCAUGUUCAAAACCCGGAUGAAAAAUCUGGGGACAAGGAAAAACUUCAAAAAGGAAGAAUUGGGCGCUGUCGCAAACGUUCUCGGGAUCUUUGUGCAGGCUGGCCUGAGAACGCCGACCGCCAUUAUCGAUGGCCAACCGGUUCCGAUACAACGUGUCAAGCGCCAUUUCAGCCACUUGUUCCCGCGCGAUACCUUGCUCAACUCGAGAACUGCAGUGGCUUUUCCACAGACAGCCUAUCUGCGCUCUCUGACGGGUCCUGUAGACCAAAACCAUGGAACAGAAGCUGAGCGCAGUCGCCAAGGACUGACUAUGCCAACGAUCCUUCUAAAGCAGUCUGAAGGUAUGCAUGAUCUCGAAUUGACGUUUAUUCAACUGAACAAUUACUACGCGUGGCGACUCCAGCAAAGCGACGACUACUUCAGACAACAGAUGUCCAACGCCGCACACUAUGUCGAGCCGGAUAGGCCAUAUUUCGAACAACUAUUUGACUCUAUCGAUUGUAUCAAACUUGCGCUCUUCCGCGGGGCAUUUCACGCCGGCCAGGCAGCGAUGAGAGUUCUUUGCACUCGAGCAGUGGCAUCACUCAGAGAACAGCAUCCCAUGUUGCCCGCACUUUUGAUGCGUGUCUACUUUAACCGUGCAGGCGGUAUCAUUAGUCAAGGAAUCUGCGAAAUCUACUCCUUCCUGCUCAUUCUGGCCAAAAGUCUUCUUCAACCAAACCAUCCCAUAUCAAUGAUUCUAAAAGUAAUUCAAAACUCCGAGGCACAAGGUAUGUCCUCGCGGCUCCUGCUGAAUGUGUGCUACGACGUUGCCCGGAGACAAGUGGAGUACGACUCCUGGCUGGUUUUCCAAUACGACUAUGCCAUGACCAAGACUACAGCCUCGCGUGCGAAUUUCGAAACAGCAUCCCAAUGCUGGCUUUCUUUACUACAGCGUACCGGUGACAAAGUGGGCCAGAAGCAUGUUUAUUACAGAAAGGUGCUGUAUGAGAUUGGACAACUGAAUUAUCUUCAUGGUCUCGACGAGUCGGCGUCAAAGAUUUUGCUGCAAUCCUUGGAGCUAGAUGAUAAGUCCACUCAAGGUGAUUCGGUGUCGCUGUGGGUCACCGCGUCUUCCAUGUUGCUCCUCGCAGACAUUCGCGAGGCCGCAAAAGACUUCUCGGGGGCGGAGGUGUGGUGUCUCAAGGCAUACAAUAUUGCUUGUCAGAUCUAUCGCCCGGAACAUAAUAUUCCAUUAGAUAUUGUGCACCGUCUUAAUCAGACGCGGGCAAAAUCAAAAGGAGAGGGGGCCACGGUGUCUGAGGUCGGUGAUGCAGGAGAUGAAGACGUGCUUGACCGGCUUCAAAUGGAGCUCAGGCGCGUGCAGCUGGAAGAAGUUGAAGAAUUUGAAGAAUCCGAGAGGCCCAAGUUACACGCUGAGCCGUGGAAUGAGUGGGAUAACGACGUCUCUGGUGUGGAAAGCAACGCCAGUCUCCCAACCCGUGAAGAUAUCGGGGAAGGAGUCACGGCGAUCGACAAGACGCUCAGCCAGGACACCCACCAGAAUUCUCACCCAGUCGAAGCUCCAGACCUUCUUGACACUACACCUAUCAUGCAGUCAUCCUGGAACAUUGAGAACGGCCUUGGAUCUAGGGCAGAGCAUGAGUCAUCAGAACACGCGGGGGGGCUGGAAGUCACCCUACAGGAUGGAGGGUUUGAAGCAUUUGACCAGGAUGAACUGGGUUCCAUGUCAAAUUGGCUGACUGACGCACACAGAUCGAGUGAUGAAACUCUCCUAACAUUCGUACCUGAGGAUCUUGCUCUCCCACAGUCACUGCCAGCAAGUGGACAAGAUUUUACGACCACAAUACCAUACACUAAGACUCUCCUCCCUACCCUCAACAACGACGCUGAAUUCCAGGAAUUCGACAACCUGGGGAGUACCAACUACGACCUUGACAUUGACCCAAUGAUCCUCGACCCAGAAGGCGACUCCAGCCCCUUCGACCUUGGCUUCUUUGACGAUGUCAACCUGCAAGCAUGGAACGCCCUACAAGAUCAAGACCAGGAUCUUCACAACGAGCAAGAUUUCUUUGCGUUCUGA